AUGGCGCCAAUACGACGAUAUCUACGCAUCACACGCUACUCUGUCCUCGAAGUACGCAUUUACCUCGACAAUCCAGCUCUUGCCUCCUCCUGGCUGCUCAACUCGCGCGACCCGGUGCUACCACGAGUGAUUGAAGCCGUGCGACCGCUGGUGCUCNNCCCGAAACUGCGCGAGGAAAAUGAGAAUGCAAAGAAGAAAGGUGGAAAGAAGAAGAGNGGGGUCAGGGAUGUGGUUGUGCAAGAUGACUUUGAAGUCUCCAUCUUCCUCACCGAGACCUCGACUUCGCACGCCAUGCUCACGAAACAAAAGACCUUUACCGCAAAACCGAAACUCGAAAGCAAUGCCUCGAAAUUGACGAAUUAUUUUGGAGGCAAGGAUAAGGAUACGGCGAUUAGAGUGGAAGAUGAAGGAGAAGUUCCUGCUAUUCUGGUCGAGGAAGACGCAGACGAGACGAGCAUGAACGAUAUCCCUGAAGCUGCCCCGGAGACCNNGCGAGGAAUAAACGAGUUCGCGAUGAGGACGACGAACAUAUCUUUGUGCACAGCGAAGAUGACGAGGAAGAAGAGCCACAGCCACGCAAAAGAGAAAAAGCAAAGUCGCAGAUACAGACAAAGAAGACGACGACAAGAAAAGAUGGGCAUCAAUACGCAAUACGAGGGCUUCAGUAUCUAUGGCCGGAUACUAUGUUUAAUUGUCAAGCGCAAAGGUGUCAAGAAGAAUGCUUCUGGUAACUCGACAGGCACGCAAAUGUUGGAGAAUUGGGUGUCUACCCAAGCGGAUAAUGAAGGUGUGGUUGAUGAUGGAGAUGAUUGA